CCCCGGUCGCGAAAGGCGCCAUUUUGGCGCUGGGCUCCGGGGACAGCGAGCGCCGGGAUAAAGCACCAGCCCGCCCCGGAGCCGGCACUACCAGCCCCCCUCGGCCCGGCUCUCGGCGCCCGCAGCAGUAGGAGCGCGAGGCGGGAAGGGAAAGGAAGGGGUGGGCAGGGGAGGGGAGGAUGCCGCGCACGCCCCGCCGCUGAGGGAGACGCAGGGGCCCGCCCGCGCUCGCCCCUCGGCCUGGCCUGCGAGUGCCGCCUCCGCCAUGUCGUCGGCCGCGCGCUUCGACUCGGCGGACCGCUCGAGCUGGUACGUGGGGCCCGUGUCGCGGGCCGAGGCGCAGACGCGGCUGCAGGGGCAGCGCCACGGCAUGUUCCUGGUGCGGGACUCGUCCACCUGCCCCGGUGACUACGUGCUGUCCGUGUCCGAGAACUCACGCGUCUCGCACUACAUCAUCAACUCGCUGCCCAACCGCCGCUUCAAGAUCGGCGACCAGGAGUUCGAGCACCUGCCCGCGCUGCUCGACUUCUACAAGAUCCACUACCUGGACACCACCACGCUCAUCGAGCCCGCGCCCAGGUAUCCAAGUCCACCAAUGGGAUCUGGAACAGCCCCUGCUAUGCCCACUGCAGAGGAAAAUGUGGAAUAUGUUCGGACUCUCUAUGACUUCCCUGGGAAUGAUGCUGAAGAUCUUCCAUUUAAAAAGGGUGAGAUACUGGUAAUUGUAGAGAAGCCUGAAGAACAGUGGUGGAGUGCCAGAAACAAGGAUGGCCGUGUUGGGAUGAUCCCUGUUCCUUAUGUAGAGAAGCUAGUCAGGUCUUCCCCGCAUGGGAAGCAUGGGAACAGGAAUUCCAACAGUUAUGGUAUUCCAGAACCUGCCCAUGCUUAUGCUCAGCCUCAGACCACAAGCCCCCUUCCCUCUGUAUCCAGUACUCCUGGAGCAGUGAUCAACCCUCUGCCAUCAACACAGAAUGGACCAGUCUAUGCCAAAGCUAUUCAAAAAAGAGUACCAUGUGCUUAUGACAAGACUGCCCUGGCAUUGGAGGUUGGAGAUAUUGUGAAGGUUACAAGGAUGAAUAUAAAUGGUCAGUGGGAAGGUGAAGUCAAUGGCCGAAAAGGGCUCUUCCCAUUUACACACGUCAAAAUAAUUGACCCUCAAAACCCAGAUGAGAAUGAAUGAUUCCCAUUGCCUGACUUACCCUGCUGCUUCAUUUUUAUGGCUAUCACUAGCAUUGUUUGAGGUGGGAUGAUGACUAUUAAAGACACGUUGCUAGCAUUGCCCAUUUUUCCAGCUUGCUGCAAUUUGACGGUUGUUUUAAUGAACUUGUGGAAUGCACACGACUGAAGUCACUUACUGACUCUCAUACCAUAGUUGCAUCAUCGAGAAUGUAGUUUCAGUUCUAGAUUAUAUUGGGCCUUAAGCUGGAGAAGACUGAAACAGGCAUAUAGGAGGUAACAAGCAAGAAAAGUCUUUUUCCUGUCAAGACUUUCAAGGACAUGUUCUAGCCUGUUCAAUAGGAGAAAGUUGCCUCAUAGAUCAAAUAUAAAACUUGUGGAUCACUGUCCAACAAAGAGCAGCAACAAUAAUGCAAUUCUGGGGCUGAGACGGAAUUGGUUUUAAGAGAAUAAUCUGUCCUAAGGCAGUACAGUCAAAUACUGGUCUCUUUAAAAGACAAUAAUUGAAGCUUGUGUAUUCUGAGCAGCUGUGUUAACAAGGCUGUUUUUGUGAUACUACUCUUAAAGCUUGCUGUUGACCUUUUAGAAAUAAAGUUUGUGAUUUGAAAGCAAAUAACCAUUGAAAAUACUGCAUUGAAGCGGAGACACUUAUUUAUAAGGAAACUUAUCAGUUGUUACACUCCUAGCCUGUGUUGCCAUUUUUUCCCAAAACGGAUUUUUGCAGAUAACUGAAUGGGCAUGUAAAAGUUGAUGAUGACUGCAAGCACUGUAACUGUAGAAAAUGAACUUUAAAGGGAAACACUUAAGCUAGAUUUACACAGAUUUUGUGCUAGCCCUAACUAGGCUGGUAAGACUACAUCUCUCUUCAGACAUGGUAAGUUAUGUGGGUAAAGUUCUGUUGUCACUAAGCUAUUGCCUGGAGGUAUUGGAUGCCCUGAUUUGCCACAGGGGGUGUGGAAGUCAGAAAACAGUAGUGCUGAAUAAAUUAAGAUCUCUAAACCAUUUCUGCAUAAACUCUCUAACCUCCAGAACUCUAGUGGUGUAGGAUCCAGCCUUUUCCCACCUCUCUUCUGCAAACACCAUACCCUUAUUUCCAGUGUUUGGGCAUCUUACUGCCCUUCUUUUGUAGUGGUUGAUACUUCACUGUCCCAACAUCUUGUUUUGCCUCUCUCACUUGGCACCCAUUGAGAAUCAAAGGCUUGUGGGAAAAUCCACACAGUUGGCUUUCACAUGCGACAGUUUGUUCAAACUCUGAAGAGGAGCAGACUUAUAAGGGUGCCUUGGACCAGUAUAGCUUAUCUGUCUUCUCAGAUGCACACCAAGUAUACCACUGAUCUUGCAGCCACACUAGGAUUGACUUAUUUGUCCUUGACUAGACUCGUACCAUUAAAGCAGUACAACUUGUGUCUAGACAAGCCCUUAACUUUGUGUUCAUGGCAUGAAAGUUUAGGUAUAUUGACAUAUUUUCUACCUGCCUCUUAAAAUGCAUUUUUAAGGUGAACUGAAAUGCUUCUUUUAAAACCGUAAUGCUGAUUUAAUAGGAUACAGAUGGAAACAAAAGUUAUGAAACUACCUUCUGGGUAGUCCUUCUCUAAUCAGUCUUUGUAGGAGAUUUCUAAUCUAAACAGCUGGGUGACACAUUUGUUGUGGAGUUGUCGAUUUAUUCCAGAAUACCUUAAGGUAUAGUGAAAUGCAGAAAUAUUGCAAAUAAAGUUCAUAUUUCAAGUCAGUUUUUCUAAAUUCUGAAUUAUUUUGUGUAUGUUUUCAUCUUAAAUUGAGAUGUGUAUGAUCGUGGGCUCUCAAACCAUUGGACAUGUUGCUCUUGACUCCAGUUGAAGUGCCUUGAGGUUAAGUAGAAGGCACUGAAGAAAUGCAGCAUUUUGCAGCGAAUAAUUCAGUACUGGAGGGGUUAAGUUUUUAACAAAAGCAUCUCAUUUCACCCUUAAAUACAUUUUGUAGUGCUGAUCAUGUGGCUGGACAGUCUAGAGGGUCUAGUCUUAAAGCAUUUUACUGCCAAACAAACGUACUGUGAAGUAGAAUAGCAUUGAUUGAAUUACCUGGUGCUUUGGGAAGAAUUCUUGACAAUGGGCAUUGCGCUGUCCUCUGCUAUGGUAAUAGUUGUACAGUCAUAGAAACUAACUGAGUGUCCCUGUGUGUCCGUGCCCCGAUACCACCUUAAGUUGUUAUGGAAAUUGUACUACUGAAAGUACUCUUGUGAAUAUAUGAACUGUACUAAACUGUCUGCCACAUGCAAAUCCUGUUUUAGUCCUGGCCCAGUGAUUGAUUGACAAGUGUCUUCAGAAGGGAGAUCGGAGGGUUUCCCUCUUUUUCUUUCUAAAAUUUGGAACACUGAACUAUCAGAUCAACAAUCACCUGGGUAAGAGCUCUUCAUACUUUCUCUAAAAUUAAAACCACUUUCUUAAAUGCUCUUCCUCCAUUGGAUACCUUUUUAUUUGGAACAGCAUAAGCAGUGCUCUGGAUUUAUUUAUUGGUUUUGAUCCCACAAAAGUGGACCACUUUCCCUUCCAACUAUGCAAAAAUGUCAGUCAGUGAUCAGUGUCAGAAUGCAAUAGCACAGCAAUGCAUGGUGGCCUCUCAUGCAAAGGAAAAAAAUCCUACGUCUUUAGUUUUGGGCCACUCUCGGGCUCCAUGCUUCUGUGAGGAGGGGAUGUUUGGUUCACCUGUGUUGCACAGUUUAAAUGUAGCAUGUUGAACAGGUUAAGUUGACUGUAAACUUGCAUCGCACUGUCCUUUGCAAUUUUAUAGUAAGACAAAAGUAUUUUCGUACAAAGAAACUGCAUUUGAUCAUGUUUUCUUUCGAUGACUUGGUUUCUCAAGAUCAUGUGUUGCAUGCUGUGCUGUUGGCAUUCACAAGACUCUUAAAUUUGUGGACAAAAAACUUACUGUCAGUGUAGAUGUUCUUGGGAAUAAACAUGCUAAUGAAUCAUGGAAGUUUAUCAAGUGAUGGUUUCAAUCUAUGCAUCAUUAAAUGGACCAUGUUCCACACAACUUUUCUGUAGUUUGUCUGGGUUUCUAACUAGCAACUGGUGUAAAUGUUAGUUGUCAAAACAAUUAACAAUGAGAGGUUUGCUGUUUGACUCCUGUUUAUGUACAUAAAAACACUCAAGCCUCUGACCAGUCUGACAAGUUAAAAUGGAAACUGUUCUAAUCCAUGUCCACAUCACUGGGUAAGCACUAACUUUAAUUCAUUGUUUACAAGUUGGGCAGGAAGAAACAAAAGGGAAUAUCCUGUUUUUGGGUUAAGGCUCGAGCCUGAAUAUUACUUCUGUAAAGGGAAAAAUUGCAUUUUUGUGCCAUUUCAUGUGCCUGUAACGUAACUUUUUUUAUAUUGUAUUAACACCCUGGGAAUAAGUGGGCUGCCAACUUUUUUUGUUUGUUUUAUAGUACAGUUUUCAAGCAUCCCUCAGUAGCUGCAUUUGACAGUGAGACCUGCCUCUCUUAGUCUUUUACUGCCUUUUGGGACCAGUAGAAGUGUUCCUGUUCCUGUAUAGUUGUCAAUUUCUGUUUACUUAAUUGUGUAUUAUUAAAUGAAAAUGUGUUCUGGGAUAAGGAAAUAAUUCUGCAGAGGGAAAAGGUGGCCUUGUAUUUGAGACAGUCUUCACUGUGUAAACAUUAAACAGUUGAUGUAAUUUAAAGACCAUGAACUUCAGGCAAUAAUAUUAAGUGUAAGCUUUUAAAGUUUAUUUUGGGGAUCAUAGCUUGUUUUAUUUUUUGUGCUAUAAAAUUAACAGUAUUAAAUGAAUUAUAUUCUUAGAACAGAUGGAGUGUCUUUCUUAAGCUUAGUGCCUUUUUAUUUUCCUACUCCAUUUAUCCAAACAUCAAGCCAGUAGGCUUUUUUUCCUCCUUCAGUGCCCUGUUUGUACAGUCUAAAUAAAACUUGCAUCAACUUGCAGUA